AUGGAACUAGCCACAAAAAUGUCAGAAAAGAGUGACUGGACAUGUCAUCGCUGUGUAGUGGAUAGCCAAGAGGCAGCACGACGCCAUCAUUACCAUGCCAGGUCGUCAUUCUCUCUACGUUCAGCCUCGUCAACCACCUCACUCCGUCUCUCCACCACCUCCACCGUCGGUCUCCCCAGAAGGCCCUCCUCAGCGAUGGGCUACUCUGUGUCCUCUUCCUCAACCGACAACACUCAGCCUGCCCGUCUCAUCCCCUGCUCUAUUCCGCAAUGCGAGGCACCUUCGGUCAAUAUCUUCUGUGCCCAGCAUCUCAAGUCUUUUCCAGUGCCACUACCCGAUGACCUGGUCACUUCUGCCUCCCAGAAACCUGACGCAGCUGCUACUUCAUUGAAGUCAUCAGGACAUCCAUCCUCAUUGUCUCAGUCAUCCAUCACUUCACAUUCGGUUGAUGGUCAAGGUGGCGCCAGAAAACCAGCCCAGACAAACAGCGAGGCUGAAGUUGCCGAUGUUGCUAGACAAAGCGCACAGGGCUGCAAACCAAAUUCUUUGGAGACUGGUCCGGUGAAUAAGCGUUCCUCGCCCUUUCCUACCACGAGGUCCAAACUUCUGCCGGGAAACAUUGUGAGACGCAAAACUGCCGGCAAAGACCCAUACCUGAACCGACGGACUCCUAAACCUGGACCCAGCACGCAUAAAGAUUCUAACUCCUUAGCGAAAAACUCAACCUUGGCUUCAACUGGGUCCUCUUCACUCAAGCCCAAGACCCUCUCUUCUACCUCAGCAGACUCUAUCUCCCCACGUUUGACCACAAACAUCAGUUCCUUGUCAGAUUCGAACGGUGGGCCACCUAACAAGAGCUCGAGUUUAUCGCCUUCUUCCACCGGUGUUGACAGUGGUCGUAUGAACGGUUCUGAGACUGGCGACAAGCCUCAACCAGAGACCAAAGUCCAGCAGUCUACGAAUCCCGCCAACAUGGCAAUCGACGCCCCUUGUCUGGCGGGUGAAAAGCAACAACCUGGUGAGCGCCAAAAUGGUUCUACACAAUCGUCAAACCCACGGCUCCCACCGAGCAGGAUAGCAGAACUUGCACGACAGCUGAGAUUUUCGGAAGAGAUGCAAGAUGCGGCCUGCAGUGGCUCGGCUGUGCAUGCUCCUCAACAACCCGUGAAAGGUCCGAUCCCCGCUCAUGAUCCAGGGCCGCAGAACAAUCUUCCUCCUGCCACUCACCAGCAGAAUUCAUCUGGAGGCAUUUCAAACGUACAUGUUAUAAUGCCAACCGGUCAGAGCAGUAAUUACAUGUCUAUGGCUGAUAGACUUAUGGUACAUUAUGCCAGAAGUGCAUUUGACCUCGCGGGCUAUAACCCUCCGGCAGGGCUGAUACGAGGGUCUAUGUCCGCUCAUCUUAGCGCGAAUGGGGCCGAAUUAACUCAAUCAAAUACCACAGAGCCCCUCCCAGAUCUUCGCAGUCAAGUUCUACCGCAGGGAUCGACGGUUCAAAGUAAUCCAAAUCAAACAGUUGGGCAACAUAGAUCACUGCCUCCACAGAAACCCCGACAACCUCAACCCAGGCCACGACCCAUAGUGACCAAUUUACAUGAGCCCAUCAUAAUAUCAGAUUCUGAGUCUGAUUCCGAAGAACAGCUUGAGCCGGAGCCGCAAGUAGAAUCAGGCCCUCCACCGGAACCGGCAUCAGUUCCAGAGCCGCCACAGCAGGAGCCCCAGGCCAAGAGGACAGAGUUACAGCAGAGUCAAAAGUCACAACAAGAGGUGCCAAGCCGAGAGCCGGUUCCUCCAGAUAUAGAGCCGGAACCCAUACUUGAGUCGGUCUCGCAAGCUCAGCCCAAACCUAAACUGAUACCCCAGCCCAUAGCCAAACCGACACCUCAGCUCAGUCCACGCAAACAGACCAGUCCGCCGCCAAAUAAAUCACCAACACCGGUCCCAGACGAGCCACUUUACGCUCACAUCGAUCCUCGAAUACAUUGGCCACAACGACACUCGCAAGAAUGGUUUGAAGCCAAGCAAAAGGAGAUCCAAGCCCGCGGAAAACGCAAAGCCAACUUUGGCAGAGCUGCUCAAAGUAUGCACAGACAGCGAGUGGCUGAAGGACCACCGGAGACUCUUGAGGAGACGUUACCGGACAAAGUGUUGGAUAAUCCAGCUUGGGUGGAUAUGCUCAAGAAACUACGGGAUAUGAAGCCUGUACCUGGAAGAGGAAAGGGAAAGGAAACUACGGGUAUUGUCACUACGACUGCAACAACAGCGACAGCAACAGCCACAACUACGAGGGGGAGGAGAACCGGCAGUCGGUUGAAGAGGACGUUAUCAAGUGUGUCUACGGGAAGCGCUACCCACGGUGGCGAGUCUGAAACAGCUGAUAAGGCUAUUACUACUCCAAACCCUAAAAGGAGAGCUACUGGUGCCGGGCUGAGGAGGACGUUGUCGAAUGUUUCGGCAGGACCACCACUUUGA